GAUUCUCUCCCCCAACCCCCACCCUCUCUCUCUCUCUCUCUCUCUCAAGCUUAAAUUUCUUGAAAUCUCAGUGCCUACACACCCUUCAAUUCUCAUGGCUAUUACUGAAGAUGAAACCAGCAGUAUCAUAUAUGAAGAGGAAAUGGUGAGGAGUUCGCGAGGAAUGAAGCUUUUCACGUGCAGAUGGGUGCCAAGAAGCUGCGAGCCAAAGGCUUUGAUCUUCCUCUGCCAUGGAUACGCCAUGGAGUGCAGUGUUUCCAUGAAAGGUACAGCAACGAGGCUGGUUAACGCAGGGUACGCAGUGUACGGAAUGGACUAUGAAGGGCACGGGAAGUCAGAAGGUCUUCAGGGAUUCGUCCCCAGCUUUGAUGCUGUUGUCACGGAUUGCUCUCAACAUUACUCCAAUAUAUGUGAGAGGCAAGAAAAUGUGAAAAGGAUGAGGAUAUUGGUGGGAGAAUCAAUGGGAGGAGCUAUGGCUCUUCUCUUACAUAGAAAAAAGCCUCAUUUUUGGGAUGGUGCUGUCCUUGUGGCACCAAUGUGCAAGAUUGCAGAGGAAAUGAAGCCACCAGCAAUAGUAUUGAGUGUUUUAAAAAAGCUUAGCAAAAUCAUUCCCACUUGGAAGAUCAUUCCAACUCAAGAUAUCAUUGAUGCUGCCUUCAGGGACCCAGCAAUAAGAAAAGAGGUUAGGUCCAACCCACUGUGCUACAAGGGCCGACCCCGACUGCAAACUGGCUACCAAUUGCUCUCCGUCAGCCUGGAUUUGGAGAGAAGACUUGAUGAGGUGACGUUGCCAUUUAUAGUGACACAUGGGGAGGAGGACAUAGUUACGGAUCCAUCGGUAAGCAAACUAUUGCAUGAAAAAGCUUCGAGCAGAGACAAGACCCUGAAAUUGUAUCCCGGAAUGUGGCAUUCUCUAACCUACGGGGAGUUGCCUGAGAACAUCGACACCGUGUUUUUUGACAUCAUUGGCUGGCUCGAUCAAAGGGUUGCCAUGGGCAAUUCUAGGUUGGAAAAACUACAGAAGAAUGCAAAUGACACACUCAUCCUCUUCAAACCUCAAACUGACACUCUCCAAUAAAAUCAACUUUCAUUCCAUAUCACAGCGUGCAGUGCAACUCUACUAAAAGAUAUUAAUUAAAAUAUAGUGUUUAAUUUGUAAA